AUGGCUCAGGAACUCAACGCCUUUCAUGGUGUUGAGAUUGCUAGUGUAUUUUACAGUGAUUACCACAAAAAACCUAUCAUAUAUCCAAAUCAUGCUGCUGCUACAAAAAUCAUUAAAAGUUUUAGAAAAUUAUCGGUGCAGGAGCAAUCUAAAAUCAUGGUGACACAAGAGGAGUCAGUUAAGCAAAUAAUUAAGAAGAUGAAGGAAGAACUUCAGAAGAUAAGAAAGGAGAACAGGUUCAAGGAGUUGACAAAUAAAAUGUAUAAAUUGAAACAAGAAGGCCGUUCCGUUGACAUGAAUUUUGAUGAACUCAACGAUCUAUUGUACGUGAUAAAAGAAUAUCUCAAACAAAUACAUGAAUUGAUGAAAGCAAAAGCUAGCGAAGCGGAUUCCACAUCUGUUAACCAUAGGCAAGAUACCAUGGUUCACUAG